CCCGUUGGUAAAAGGACGACGUAGUGAAGGGAUAGUGGCCGCGGGGAUUCCGGAAGCCCACCCUUCACCCGGAAAUGGUUGUUGAGGAACAUGGCGUUGCUGGUGCGAGUCCUUGGGAGGCAGACAAGCAUCUCCCAGUGGGUUCCAGUAUGCAGCCAAUUCAUACCAUUGUCUCCUACCCAAGGGCAGUGGGGCAGGAGGCUGUCUGGCACUUCCCAGAUGAGCCAAUCCUUAAGCUGUGCUACAUCAGAACAGCUCCCUGGAAUAGACAUACAGCUGAGGAGGAAGUAUCACAUCACAAAUAAGCUUCUAGCUACCAAAGAUUCCCCACAGCCAGUUGAGGAAAAGGUUGGUGCCUUCACGAAGAUAAUAGAAGCCAUGGGAUUCACAGGACCUUUGAAAUACAAUAAAUGGAAGAUUAAGAUUGCAGCCCUGCGCAUGUAUAGUAGCUGUGUGGAGAAAACUGACUUCGAGGAAUUCUUUCUAAGGUGUCAGAUGCCAGAUACAUUCAAUUCAUGGUUUCUUAUAACCCUACUUCAUGUCUGGAUGUGUCUAGUCCGAAUGAAGCAGGAAGGCCGGAGUGGGAAAUAUAUGUGUCGUAUCAUGGUUCAUUUUAUGUGGGAGGAUGUUCAGCAUCGUGGCCGAGUCUUGGGGGUUAAUCCCUAUAUCCUGAAGAAGAACAUGAUCCUCAUGACAAAUAAUUUCUAUGCAGCAAUCUUGGGAUAUGAUGAGGGGAUCCUUUCAGAUGAUCACGGGCUGGCUGCUGCCCUCUGGAGAACCUUCUUCAACCAGAAAUGUGAAGACCCUCGACAGCUUGAGUUGGUGGUGGAAUACGUGAGGAAACAGAUGCAGUAUCUGGACUCCAUGAAUGGCGAGGAUCUGCUUCUGACUGGGGAAGUGAGCUGGCGCCCUCUGGUGGAGAAGAAUCCUCAGAGCAUCUUGAAGCCCCACACUCCUACUUAUAAUGAUGAGGGUCUUUGAGGGGCUGGUCCCUCCAGGCUGCUGGCCAGCUGGCUUUGAGGAACUGUGGCAAGAGAAGUGCUUGCUUGGCCCAGGCACCUGCAGAAAGUGGCCUGAACUGACCUUUGAACAGCAUCUGUCAAAUACCUGGCCCAUUUGUGUUGAUUUUCCUCUUAGUGUGCCCAGGAGUCUGAUCUGGUGGGGGAAUAAUGGUGAGAGAACCUCUAGCUCUUCUGAGGUGUUGUCUCCCACAAGAGGAGCUCCCAAAGCCGGUCAUGGUGGUGCACACCUGUAAUCCCAGCACUCUGGGAGGCUGAGGCAGGAGGAUUGCAAGUCCAUGCCCAGCCUGGGUGACUUAGUGAGACCUUAUCUCAAAAUAAAUAAUAGGAACAAGCCUGGAGAUAUAUCUCAGUGCAAAAGCCCAUGGUUCAAUCCCCAGUACUGCAAAAACAAUAACAAAAAACAACAGAGGAGCCCUAAGUAAGAGCUCCCUAACACAUGCUCCCCAAAUCCCUCCAGCAGCUUUUCCCAAAGGAAGGGGUAGAGAGGGUAGAAAGGGGUCUCACCUCACCACCAAGGCCUGCUGCAGCCUAGGAGCUAUUUGUAACGUUGCCAGGUCAAGAUGGGUUAGCCACACUCUGUCCCCGGCUUUGCCAUGUGGUUGAGGUGGCCAUUAAAAGAAACAAGAUGUGGGCCGGGGAUUUAGCUCAGUGCUUCUGCUGCCUGCCUUGCAAGCCCAAGGACCUGAAUUGGAUCCCCGGUACCAAAAAACAAACAAAAAGAGAAACAGACAUAUCUCUGUCAUGGCUUUUCUUUAUUCUAGAGUCUUUUUUUUUUUUGGUACUGGGGAUCGAACUCGGGUCCUUGUGCUUUCGAGGCAGGCAGAGGCACCACUGAGCUAAAUCCCGGGCCCCAUUCUACAGUCUUUUUAGGAACUUGUGUGAGACCGUGGCUGCCAUAAGCUUAAGAGCACUUCCCAGCUCAGAGAUAGGGAAAGGGGAAAGAUCGGGGCCUCUGCUGGUUUUGCCUUCGGUUUACAAGAUGUAUCACUGUCUGGGGCAGGCCCAUCCUCUGGUGCCCCGGAUGACUCUGACGUCCAAGGGGCUUGUCACAUCCCAAGUCAUUUACAGAGAAGCCUCAAGAACAAAGGUCCUUUUGUUACCCCCCAGUGAAUUGGGUGAGGGACAAGCUGCUUUUUUCUUUGUGGCCUUCCCUUAUAUGAGAUGUUGGGGCGAAAGGACAUUCUUCCUGGCUUAGUUACAGCAUCCGAGGACCUAGCCGCAUGUCCAGCUUUCUGCCUACUUCCCAGCUUCUGGAGUCCCUGCUGCAGAGCCGCCUGGCCAAGAGCUGGAGGGCCAGUUCCCUCCUCCCUUGGAGUGUGGGUCAUCUCUCAGGAGAUUUUCUUAAACUGAAGAGGGCGGGGAACCAUCUCGCCCCUCCCUCCCCCUUCAAACUUCCUUCAUUGACCUCACUAUAAAAUGAGUCGUAUAAAGAAACUCUGUACAGGUGAAGUAUACCCUACUUCUGUGAAAACAUUACAAAUCAAACCACCUUCUCUCGGUUUAUUUAAGAUGCUUUUGUUGCAAGUGGAGCUCUAGAGUGAAGCCUCCUGUGUGUGAGAUAAUAACACCUUGUAACUCAUUACAGCUGGGCACUAUUUACAUAAACCAGAGCCAAGCCAGGCAGGAAUUUGCUGAUUAAUUUAUUUUUAAUGGAGUGAAGUAUACCAUGCACCAAAAUAAACUUUACUGUGUGUACCUAA